AUGGAGCUGGACCUCGGCCUGGACACAUCGGAGCCGAGCGUCCUCGAAUGGGCGAGAGCGCAAGGCGUUUGCGUGAACUAUGAGACCGAGUUACUGCACAUUCGCCAUCUUCAAUCACCAUCAGACGAUGAGUUUGAUCGACAUCUUCACGAGCCCUCCGAUGCGACCAUCGACACGGUUGUCAGCGGGCUUGUCAAAGAAAAGCUUACGGUGAACAAAAACACUGCGUUGCUCCUCAAGGCAGCACAUGCUCUCCAGGAUGAACUUGCGAGCGACCUGACGGUUACUAAUAGCCGGACGUGGAGGCGCGAUCUACGUCAAGAGCUACCUGUGCUACGAUCUGAUCAUGAGCUUGAUUUGCUCAACUUCGGUGGUACAGUUGUGCCAGACUUCAAGAAUUUACAGAUUCCUUCGGAGAUCACGGUAGAAGAAAACGAUGAGGGCUUUGGAUGGCCAACGAGGUAUCUCGACUACCCUGCACAGUGCGACGCGCAGGUCAAAGUCGAAAAGCUCGCCAUCUCACGGGAGGUGUUGGUUUAUCUCCAGGACACUAUUCGAGACGCGUAUGUACCGGAAGACGGCCAAAGGCUGGAGGCAGAGAGCCUGAUACGAAAACAGGCUCUGCAGGAGCAAAUUCUGGCAGCGGACGUUCUUUUUCGCACAAACUCGAAUAGCAGUGAUUCGAUGCUAUUUGAUCUUACUCAUCCAUCUCAAUUUAAUCCUGAUUUCGAACCAACCAGUUCGCCCAUACUGAAGCGCCGAGCUGAGGAUCUCAAAGUGGAAGGUCCUCUUACGCCAUCGAUGUGUUCUAGUUCGCCCAUGAAAAGGCUCAAAUCUGUGUCUUUCGCGGACGAAUCCUUACUCUACAAGCCAUGGGGUGAGGAUGAUGAAGGUGGGGCUGGCUCUGACCAAUUCUUCCACGAAAUCGAGGAGCAGGCUGAGCGCGCCAACGAGAAAAUCGAAAACGAACGACUGUCCGGCGCUGACACGAUUGCAAGAGUCGAUAUUCCAUACAUGGACUUCUCGCUGCCCAUGGCACCAUGGAUAGAGUACAGUCGGCGCAAGGGUGGCGACCAUCGACCUGAUGACACGGAACUGCAAGCGCAGAUGCAAUUCCUCUUACGCAUCAAGCGAGAGGAUCUGAGGUUGGCGAAGUCCUGGCAUGGGCUUUCGAUCCCGGAACGAGAGAUGAAGUGGGGCUUUCUCACUACCAAGGUGUCUACUCUCAGUCUCGAAGAAAAGCUACAUGGCGAGUCGGAAGUUACUAAGAUCGUCGCUGAACUGACUACGGGCGAUGUCGCGACUAGCUCAGCGCAAGUGUGGAAACGCGAAGGCCUGCGUAUCCUUGACGAAGAUGAGGACGAGGAAGAUCUGGAUCCAGAGGAAUACGAUAAGCAAAACGACAUGGAGGCUCUGAUACGCAAGCGAAAACUUGAAAUGGAAGAAGAGGUCAUGGAGAAGCAUCGCAGGUGCACCUCUUCGCAGCCUACUGUGCGUCCACAAAUCCGAUCCUCCACAGAGAUGCAAGAGAGCCACCACUUCGGAGAACGCGAGCCAACAGAAGACCAGACGGCGAAGACCCGAUCGAAGAGGCUGGAUCAUGCCUCCCAGAAACCGCAAGCUGCCAAACAAGCGACUGGAGACCUGAUGUUCGGUGGAUUCUCAGCAACAACCGCGCUUAACAAGUUCAUGCAGACGCGAGGGAAGCCAGGAUCGCGCUCAACCGAGAACGCACACCUUACCGGUUCGAUCAAGGGGGUCUUCAUCCGACCAGCCAGUGGAUCAGGCUCAGCAGGCGCAAACCACCAACAAGCCGUUACCUAUGCUCCCUACUGUUCCGAAUAA